AAUGGAAACGUUAAAAGAAGCCUUAAGUAAAGCUGCCAACGAAGUAGAAUUAUUAUUAAGUAACGGUGGCUGGAGUUAUAAGCCUACUUAUAGAGCUGUUUUAGCCAAACAGGGCUAUUAUGUCAAACAAACUAUUGGUUCGGGAAGUUAUUCAAAAGUUAAAUUAGCAGUUGAUUACGACAAUAAAAGAAAAUUAGUUGCUAUAAAAAUUAUAGAUAGGCAAAAAGCGCCAAAAGAUUAUCAAGAUAGAUUCUUACCAAGGGAAUUAUCUAUUUGGUCGAGUCUUCGCCAUCCUAACCUUGUUAAUUUACAUCGAUAUUUUGAAUCAAAUCAAAAAGUUUUCAUGAUACUGGAUUAUGGUAUUAAUGGAGACGCUUUAGAAUAUAUUCAAAAGAAGGGGGCGAUAAGUGAAAGGAAUGCUUGUAGGUGGUUUCGACAAACAAUUUCAGCCGUUGGUUAUAUGCAUGCGCUUGAUAUCGCUCAUAGGGAUUUAAAAUUGGAAAAUCUUCUUUUGAAUAAAACUUGGGAUAUUAUAGUUUGUGAUUUUGGUUUUGUCAAAGACGAUUGUAAAAGUUUAAGUUCAACAUUUUGUGGUUCAAAAUCAUACGCUGCACCCGAAAUACUAUUAGGUAAUCCUUACCUACCGAAGAAAGCUGACGUGUGGGCUCUUGGAGUAAUACUAUACAUCUUUAUAACUGGACAAAUGCCUUUCAGCGAAGCAAAAGGAACAAAAUCUAUUCUCAACGAGCAGAGAUCUUUAAUAAAUAACUUUCCCAAGUGUCAAAAAAUCCCUUCCCUAGUUCGUGAUCUUGUUCGUAACCUAUUCACCUACGACUUCUAUAAGAGACCGGAAAUAGAAGCAAUUUGGUCAAAUAAUUGGAUAUUAAACCAUAACGGGCUAAUAAGCAGAAAAUCAAAUAAAUUGUAA